UGCUUUUCUAGUAUAUCCUUAUCGUUCAGUUUCAGUUUUGGUCUAAUUUCACUUCCGUGAAGCACCCUGGGACAUUUUGCUUUCUGAUUAAAUGGAUUUGCUGCAACAACAAAUAUCUGGACUGUGUCAUGCUCACCCUGAAGGCGUCCCUUUAUCACAGUUAUCCCUUCUCUACCUGAAGAUGUACAAGACACCACUGGAGCUCUCAGAUUAUGGGUUUGACUCUGUAUCAAGUUUUCUGGAGCAUAUGAAGGAUGUGUUCAGCUUGGAUUGUGACAGACAGAAGAUCAUUAUCAAUCCAGCAGGUGGGGCAGGAUCGGCGGAGUUCAGCUGUCCGUCCAACGGCAUGUUGGAAAACUUACCCUUAGUUAAUCUAUCCGAAAACCAAAUGCGGAUUCCAGACCCGCAAGACGUGGAUAAGAAAGAGAAAUUGAAAGAUGAGCUGCUGGAGCUCCUCCAUCCCUUCUGUGAAGGCAUCUGUUUAAGAAAAUUGCAAAGGUUUUAUAAAAAAAAAUACCGCAAGAAUUUGAAAGCCUCGGACUAUGAAUUCCCGACGAUGCAAGCCAUGGUGGAGUCAAUGAGUGACGUUGUGUAUCUAAUUCCCACCAAAAAGGGAUUUACUGUCAUCGCCAAGUUUCGAAAACCACGAAAAAAAAGCCCGAAAAUUCCAAAUACCUCUUUUGGUUUUUCCAAAGUUCAGUCUACGAUUCAGGGCAAAACUGACACUUGUUGCCAACCAAAAGUUACACACUCGUCACAGCCACAGUGUCCGAAACCUCAGCCAACAGGUUCUGACAUAUCGGUGUUUCAGGAGGAAAUUUCAAAUCUGGUUAAAGGCAAGCCAAAUGGCAUUCCAGUACGACGAAUAAAGAAAUUCUACAAGAAGGUCUAUCAACGGCCCCUGGAUCUGGAAAGCUAUGGAUUUAAAUCUAUUCAGCAGGCACUUCAUCUUAUGAAGCACAGGGUAUUCGUUCAACACACAGGAGUGCAUAGCCUUGUUUUUGAGACUGAGUUUACAGCAGUCAAAUUGAUGGAGAAAGUCCGUGGUGAGAUCCUGGACCUCUUCUUACUUGAACCUGAUGGCAUUCCUGAAAAAAAAUUAGCCGAAAUCUACCAGAAGAAAUUUCAGCGAAACCUAAUAACAAAAUCUUACGGAUUCAGCUCCAUAAGAGGCCUCAUCAGCUCCAUGAAGGAUGUGCUGGAUAUGGUCCCCAUGCCAGGAGGAAGCUUUUAUAUCAAACCAAAGCCCACAAAAGCCAGUGGGACAGCAAAAUCAGGAGCGCACAAGGUUCAAGGGUCGAAGCCAGCGUCUGCGCCUGUACUGAGAAUGGAAUUUGUAAAUAAAAACUCUACCAGUUCUUGCCAAUUUCCACUUGCUCAACAGCCACAAGCUCCUGCUGCAAUGUACAAGCAGAAUAUGACACCAAACAGUGGAUUCGCCUGUUUCCCUCCAUCAAUGCCUUUGCCAUUCACCUUUGGAUCCGGACAACCAGCACCGCAAGUAACAUUUGCUAGCACAGAGCGGCAAACGGCCUCACCAGCAUCGUCGACAGCGUCUUCGGAGGAUGGCUCCGAGAAAGGUGGAGCCCGGGCGAAAUUGAGAAGUUGCCAAAAGGAGGAAACGUCAAAGAAAAACCCUGUGUCCGUGCCCAGUUUUGCUCUCCCUGCAGCGUGGGCGGUAAGCACUGUGCAGCUGGCCGAACCCUGCGCGCUUAACCACAAUAUCGACGCUUCGGUAAAGGCAGAACAGCGUCCAGCUUCCCCUGCCCCGCCAACCGUCUCUUCGGAUGACUUUCCUGAGUUGGACACACAAAUGUCCAAAAAAAAUCUGAAAAAGCUGAAAGAGAAAGAACUGGAGAAGAGGAGAUCAAAGGACCGAUUCCCCCAAAAUUACUUCCCACGCGUAAGGGAGGAACAUAGUUCUGUCAUGCAGACAGUGGAUACAUUAGUCCCAGAUUUCCUGGCCCACCAUAGAAAUGUGCACAUCAGUUUGGAAGAAGUGAAUCAGCGGAUUGACGAGUUUAUUCGUGCUCUUGCAGCUGAAGGAGAACACGUCACUGAAGCAAAGGUGGUGAGUAGAGUUUGCAGACACUUCAGAAUACAAAACCUGAAAAACAUUGGCAUCUGGCAACCUGCCAAAGAUCUGCCCGCGAUUCAAGAACUUCGCCGAACACAGCGAGAAAUCACAAUUUUUAUAGAGGCUUUUGAAAGUAUCCGAUGUGUCUGCACUCUCUAUGAGCUGAACCAGUGCUUGGCUGCACUGAAGAACAAGCAAAACUUUGAAGACCUGAAGCUCGGUCCUUUAUGCAAACAGCCACUUGUGCACAGGUUGUUCAAAGUGCCCCAGUCACUGAAGGAUGAGGAUAUAUUUGAAAUUGAGACAGUGGAUAUUUUACAGAGUCUCCAGCAAUAUAAAAAAAUCCGGAGAGCACAAAAAAUAGACUUGGCAGAUUUCAUACAAUACCUAGCAGAUCAAUAUCACUGUGACUCACCGUACGAGCUUGGAAUCAGGAUUACUAGCAUCGGACUUCUCAUAUCUACACUGGCAAAGACUACAAACACUGAACGGGCCACUGUGGAGAAGGCGAGGAAUCGGGUCCAGAAGGAAAUGGAGGAGGAAGUGAGCAAUCGAUUGAACAAAGUUAAGAAAACUGUGCUGGACCCCGCCAGUGGACCACACCUCUAUUCUGCCAGUGGGUCUCUGAUUCUCCGGAAGCAGUAUGCCACUAUGACUGCAGCAGAUGCAGUCUUUCAGGUGUUCAUCAAUGCACGAGGGGUUUUCAGUGAGAAAAUGACAAAGUUUGUUCAAGACUUCCUGAUCAAGGUGGAAGAUGAUCGAUUGGCCCGGACACUCUUUCAAUUAGCCAUUUGCUGUGGUUCACUGGAGGCUCCUCAGGACUUGGUGGCUAAAGAAAAACCAAAUAAGCCAACUGUAAACGGCAGUGUGAACAAUGAAGCUCCGCCUCCUGGUGAAGGAUCUGUAAGAGAAUAUGUACAGAAGAAUCUCUCCAGUGUGACUGAGUACUUGAGUCUUGUCUACUUAUCUAAACUGGAGAAAAGGUUGGUUAAUCACUUCAAGCUGAGGGACUUUGUUGGCAUGGGGCACGGCACUUUCCUUGAAUACCUGGUGAAACACUCUCAGCUGCUAGAAGAAGCUGCUGGGGGCAGUCUGUUUCUAUAUCCACAAGCUGCCAGAACCUGUGGAUUCCAAACUAGUCGCCAAGAUGUGUAUGAGUUCAUCAGGCAAUGUGGAACCCUCAAGGAGUCCAUGUUUCCAGUGAUUGAAGCUGCAUUGAGAAGCCAGUUUAAGGUGAAAGACAGUAAGGAACUUGGACAUGGGACACUGUCCAAUAUGGUCCAGAUGAUAGAGCACCAAACCAAGUCACACAGUGGCCAUAACAGCCCUCGGAGCUUGGUGCUGUAUGAAGCCACACUAUAUGUUGAAGAAUCCAGUUACAGCAACAUUGAUUCAAGUGGUUCUGUCGGGCUCCUUGGGGAUUUGAGUAAGGAACAGGCUUUAUCGUGUCUGUUGAAUGCCCCCUUGCUAGAAGAUCUUGCAGAAUGGUCGCAGUGGGAGAUGGUGUUUGAGCCACAGCACGGGUCACUCAAGGACUUCAUUGAAAGACAUUGCAGCAGGAAAGCAGCUCAUCUUAGUCUGGAAAGUUCAGCUGUGCUCAAUGACUUGGUUGCUCUAGAAGUUAAGCCGGGUAUAUUGCUGAGACUCACCACAGAAACGAGCCCUGAGCUCUUUGCUCAGGCCGUCAAGCUACAUGAUCCUGUGGGGACAGCAGGACAUUUAGUUUCCAUUGUGGUUGCAGAUGGAUUGAGAAACGCUCCUUUGGCGUUGCUGGCUAAUCACGUGGAAACUGCUUUGGCAGCAAUCGGAGGUUUAGAAGCGAACAUCUUGGUGACUGAAGGCAUAUCUUCGAGUCUGUCCACCAGAUUCAUUCUUGAUUGUCUUAUCCGGAUUCCAGUGAGACUCUGCAAAUCGCUUUUACAGAAGGUAUUCCUAGAGCCAUUCUCUAGAGUAAUUGGACAAUCUGAAUCAAAAGAACUCCUGCUUCAAGCAGCAGCAUCCUCCUCCAGGUAUCUGAACCAACUACACGAACUGGGAAUCCUCCUGGGGAUCACAGAAUGGACGAGGGACUAUCAAACAAAACUGGAUCCAGCAAAGCUUGUUCCCAUUACAUCGCUGACAAGAAAGACUCUGGAUUCCAUAUCGCUGAGCAGCAGGUCUUCUCUUACGGGGCCCAGUGAAGAUGGAGAUUAUGAUGUGACCGAAUCUGAAUCUAAUUCCAAGUAUGAAAGUGCAUCAGCCAGUUCAGAUGACGGUGAAAUGGACAAGGAUGAUGACAAAUUUGUGCUUGCAACUGAAAUGAGUGACCUAGCACCAUCUGAGCACACAAAUGAUGCUGUCAUCUUAAAUGGUGCUCCACCUGAUUCUGCUGAUUUAACAAGUAGCGAGGGAUGUUCAGUUGAUGCACCUAAUGAGGAGGAGAACCCAUACAGGGCAAUCAUCGAGAAUAUCAGGAAGAGGGAAUUUGGCAUUGGGAUUGAACUAAACGAUGAGGGGAAGAAGCUGAUGGAAGUUCAUCAGAAUCGAUUAGGCAGGAGCCUUGAGCGCUUGUCCACAGAGUUGUACAGUAAAGACACACAUUUUGUCUUGGAAUUGAUACAGAAUGCCGAUGAUAACAGCUACCCAGCUGCUAAUGACACUGUCCCCAGCCUGCUGUUUGUGGUGGAAGGAGACUGCAUCAUCCUCCUCAAUAACGAAUGUGGUUUUGAGGAGAAAAAUAUCCGAGCAGUUUGUGAUGUGGGUUGUAGUACCAAGGGAAAACACGAAUAUGGCUACAUAGGUCAGAAAGGUAUCGGAUUUAAGUCCGUUUUCAAAAUCACAGACACUCCCGAGAUUCACUCUAAUGGUUUUCACAUCUGCUUUGACAAGCACAGUGGUCCAAUGGGUUAUAUCCUCCCUCACUGGGCUGCUGAUGAGAGGCCUGUAAACUUAAUGGGGUCAGAAGCAGAGAAAACAAGAUGGACGACAAAGAUAGUCCUGCCACUAAAGGCACAGAACCAGCAGGCACAGAAUCUGUUCCAUGACAUUGACCCAUCGUUGCUGCUUUUUCUGCACAGGCUUCGUUCCAUUACAAUCAUUAACAAGGUAAAAGGCCAGGAUUUCAUGGUGACUCGUCAAGAUCUCAAUAAUAACAUACUGGAGGUGAAACACAAGGAUGGAGCUGACCAUUGGCUGGUGAUCAAGAAAACCCUUAAUGCAAGAAAGAUUAAAGACGAUGUGGAAUUCACCGAGUUAGCUCUUGCCUUCAAACUUAACGCUUUAAAGAAGAGCUUGGGUUUGAGAUGCCUUCCAGAGAAACAGCCUGUGUUUGCCUUUUUGCCAGUGAGGAGUUUUGGCUUUCGCUUCAUAAUACAAGGUGACUUUGAUAUCCCUUCCUCUCGUGAAGAUAUUGACCGUGACAGUCCAUGGAAUCAGUGGCUACGUUCCGAAAUCCCACAGUUGUUUCUGAAAGCGAUGGAGACGUUCAAUAAUCACCCAAGUUUCAAAGGACUAGAAGGGCUAUGCCAUUUUCUGCAGUUUAUUCCAUUACCAGACGAGAUCUUGGAUUUCUUCCAACCUGUUGCUGGGCAGAUUAUUCAGCUCCUUAAAGCAAAAACUUGUUUACCUACAAUGGAGGAUAGAGAUGGCAGGACUGAAUACAGAUUACCCUCCCAGACUGCUAUAACACAUGACAAGUUGGUACAAGAAGUAAUCACCCCAGAGCUACUCCACAAACAUCUGAAUCUGGCUUACCUGAGCCCAGUGCUUCAGUCUGCACUCAACCCUGCCCUGGUUUCUGCACUGGGUGUACAUAAACUCAACAGCACCGAUAUUAUUGCAAUCACCAAAGCCAUUGCCAAGGAGGUCAUAGAGACCAAUGCUGUACUCGACGAUGAUUACAUGAAGAAGAUUGCGAAACUACUGGUCUGUAACUAUCGCAGCUUUGACCAAGAAUAUGGAGAUUCACAUCAACUCCUAGAAGAUUUGAGAUCUGUUCCAAUCAUUCCCCUUGCAGAUGGAAGCAUGGUGUCCCUGAAAGAUCAGGCCGUAUUUUUCCCCCUUUACGAUGAAGAGAAUGAGCAGUUUGUAAACCCUAUGAAAGGUAUUCAGGAUCUUUAUCGGGAUCUAAAGACUGUGCACCCCAGUGUGCUUACCUGCCUUGACAACCUGGGGAACUCUCAGGUUCGCAAGCUUCUGGAAAAGAUGGAUGUUUAUUAUCUUAAACCAGACAAAGUCAUGCUUGAGUACAUUCUACCCACUUUAAAGGAGCAAAAGUGGAAGGAAAAGUCUCAAGGUGUUGUGGUCAGUUAUAGCAUCUUCCUCAAAAUGCACUGCCAGGAUAAUGAGCUCCAGCAGUUCAGACCGUACAUUCCUGUCCUCACCAACAAAGGCUUUGUCUGUCCCCUGAAUGUUAAUGUCAACUUUUCGUGCGACUACAAGAAUACCAUCAAUUUGCCAGUGGAUCUUCCAGGUGUAGACUGGGUACUACUGGAUCCCUGCUACCUGAAGACAGACAAUGAUACUGAAGGAUGGAGGACAUUUUUCAAUUCCCUUGGCGUACAGGAUUUAUUUAUUUUUCAAAAGAAAAAAUGUACUUUCACAAAACAAGAACUGGCAUCCAGCCCAUGGGCACCUGUCUGUGAAUUUUGGCCCAGCACAGUAGAUAAUGCAUAUACUGUGGAAGAUUAUGUCUGUGAAGAGUUUCACAGCCUCUUAACCACAGAGGUUCUGCCUGAUCAAAUGAAACAAAAGCAAAGGGUUAACCUGCUAAAACUUAUUGACAGAAACUGGGACUCUGAUUGCCGAUUGUCACAGUAUUGCACAGCUAAAGUCUUCGACAGCCAGGGUAAAGUGCUAAAGAAUGACAUUAAUUCUUCAUUCGCAAUUUAUCUUACAACUUUACCAUGGUUACCGACUGAUAGUCCAGUUGUGGAUGGUUCAGGGUUCUGCAAAGCCUACCGGCGUCCUACUGAGGUAUACCUGAGAUCAAGCAAUCUACUGGAGCUAUUAGCUGACCGUGUCAGCUACACAUGUUGUGACCUUCUUGAGAAGAGCACUUUUGCUGCUUUCGUUGGUAUUAAGACCUCCAUAACCGUGGACAUGAUGAUCAACCACUUCAAAUCGUGGUGUGUAAAGACACCUGCCAGUGAAUCUGGUGAUUUGGAAGGUGCAGAGUUUCAGACAUUUGCAGAGCACGUUCAGCGGGUCUACACAUAUUUAGAUACAAACUGCAGUCGACGUCAGCUGAAGGAACUGUUUGAGCGUUUUCCAGCUGUGUUUGUGCCCACCAGCAAUGAGACGUUUUGUACUGGAAAAUUCUACUAUCUGAAGGAUGUAUGUUGGAACGAUCCAACUAGAAUGUUCCUGCGAUAUAAAUAUCAAAUUCAGGAUACAGAUGGAUCUUUCCAGGAGCCUCACCUGCUCGCUCCUUUCUAUAGUCAGUGGGAUAAUAUGAAAGACCUAUUUUGGAAGACUCUGAAUGUUGAGAAAGUACCAUCUAUGAAGCACUAUGUAAGUCUGCUCGUGCUGAUGUGCAGUAAGGUGUCUUUUCCCAACAGUGAAGUCCUGCAGGAUGUGUCUGUGAUUUAUUCAGCUCUAGCUGAAAAAUGCAAGAAAUAUAAUGAAUAUGAUGACUCAUGGGAAUGCUGCAUUCCCUAUUGCCAGACACUUAAAGGAAUGGUAAAGGAUGAAAGAGUGUUUCCUGCCAAGGAUAAUCGUUGGGUGUCUAUGGCCAGCACCCCUGUGAUACCGGACAAUAGGCACCUGGAACGGAUUUUUAAAGCGCACUCUCUGUGUUUGCUCAAUUUACCCGCUGCAGAAAGGAAUCUUUCCAAAACCAAGCACAGCAACAAGCAAGAAUUUCGAUUUAACGAGAAAGAUCGUGACUUGUUUUUUGAAAUCUGUGGGGUGGAGCGACUCUCCAGUUGCAUCACUGUGGAAGCCCAGACCGAGGAAUUUAGACCCUGUCCACGAGUCCAAAACUUUAUCCAUUUAGUGGCUCCGUUCAUCCAGAGGUGGUUCUUUCACCGUGAGGACUUCAGUAAUUUUUAUAAAGAGCUACAAGACAGUAACGUUGCUGCAAACCUUAAAUCGAUGAACUUUAUACAGGUUGGCAAGCUGUAUCUCCAUUAUAAAUUAACUUUGCCUAAUACACCCCCUGUGUUUGAGAACGAGGACAUAUUUUGUCACUUGAAGGAUAAGAAGAAUUUCUAUAUCCAAAAGGAUCACGUCGCUUCACGCACAGAUAUCUGCAGGGAAUUUGUAAAGCUGUUUAGCGCUGGGAGUAAAGAACUGGAAAAGGAACUAGAACGUUUCCUACAGAGUCUUAUCUCUUACCUCGAGGAUGCAGACGCACUGAAAAAGUUUUUAAAGAUGCAGGGUGUUGAUGAAUUGCCGGAAGGUGAAGAGAAGUGGGAAGUUCCCAGGGCCGUAGAGAUGAGACCGGAACCACCACAGCUUCCAGCAACGAUUUCAAUACACGGCCAGAAUGAACACAGCAAAGGAAACCUGGAGAGCAAAGACAACAAAACUGAUGGGGAGAGGCCCCUGGCAUGCUGGCCUCCCAGAUCAUCCCUUCACGGAAUCACCAAUGGAAUACCCAAUAAAGCUGCAGAAGCUGUCAUGAGAAUGUGGCCACCUCCUGCACCCCCUUCAGGCUCGACUGAUAACCCACCUUCCAGUGAGCACCAGCAUCCACAUCCUCCUCCACACACUGGUGACCAACAGAGGACCCUGAGCACAAGCACCAAGGCCAGUGGGGAUCCUCCCCUGCUGCUGGAACAGCAGAACAGUCAGGGCCGACCUGCAGCCACAGCAGAAUACUUCCAUCCAUCAGCGACUUUGGAGCAGAAGAUGGAUUUAGAUCAUUUCAGGCCUGUUUUCCCACAACCUACUGCAAACCAAGCCCAAGAACAUUCCCCUGUCGCUGCAAGUGACCAGCCAAGAAGCCAGCAAUCAACAGCAUCCAUGACCAAAAGUAACCAUUUCAUAGGAGCUGCUACAAACACUUCCCGACCAGCCCUUCCUCUUGAUGUCCCAGUGUGGACAAAAGAGCAGCCUCAUGAGGAAGUCCUGGAGGAGCUGCCAAUACAUGGUACAGUGGAAAAGCCACAGGCAAUCAUCUUCAGUGAGGACAAGGCAGAGAAUUAUGCCAUUGGAGAAUGGGGGGAGCGCCUGGUUCACGCCUUCCUGAUGCACUGGAAGGAGAGCGACAGCCAGAACAAGCCAAAGAACGUGAUGUGGGCAAACGAGAAUGGUGAAAGCGGUUUGCCCUAUGACUUCAAGGUCACAUUCACCUCAGUCAGUGACGAGCAGGUGGAGACCUUCAUCGAAGUUAAAUCCACAGUCAAAGCUGAGAAGAACUUUGUACAACUCUCGGCUCAGGAAGUGGACCUGGCACUGCGGGUCAGAGAUCGUUACCACUUGUACCGGGUGUACAAGGCAGGAGAUUCUCAGAAUGUUCAGCUGUGUCGAAUUAAGAACUUAGCGCAGUGUUUACAUGCGAAACAACUUGAAUUGUUUCUGUUUGUGUAAAUUCCACACUGAUUUUGUAGAUGUAGAAAAGUUUGUUUUCAAUGCAUUGUAUUUUAUGGAAAGAUUUUAAAUGUCAGCACAAGCAAAGUACUGCAGGAAACACUCAGCUGGUCUGGGAAUAUCUGUGGAGUGAAUGCAUCAACAUUAACUCCAUUUCUCUCUCCACAGAUGUUGCCAGACCUGCUGCACAUUUCCAACAUUGUUUUUAUUUAACAUUUAAUGUCUGAUGUCAAGGCUUUACAAAGAUUAUGCUGAUGUCCUUUUUAUACUAAUUUACUACUGUAAUUUCUAAUGUUUUGUACAUUAUUUGUUGGGAUAUAUAUUCAAAAAAAUGUUUAUCAUGGAAAUCUUAUCACUGCAUUUUUAAAUUUUCAAUGUUAUCCUGUGCCCCUCUGCAAUCAAGCUGAAUUUAGUAUUACAAUAAACCAAAUUGCCUGUA